GGCUCGGGGCAACGGGCGGGGCAGAGAGUGUUUGCCGUGGCGAGGCCGCUGGGUUGUGUUCUGGGCACGGUCCCGGUGUUGGCCUCAGGACCACUGAAGGGGCAAGGGGCAGCGGGCGGCGGGCACUGACCAGGCGGGCGUUGCGGGGCCUGAGCUGAGCUGGGCUGGUCGGUGCGGCUCCCGCCGGUUCCUGGGCCCCGCCAUGAGCCGCUUCGUGGCGGCGGCCCGGCAGCAGCUGGUGGCGGCGGCGGGCAGCAGCAGCGUGGUGGUGAAGGCCCUGUGCGGCUCCGUGCUCGCCUUGUACGGCCUUUCGUUCCUGACUGACACGGGACACGGCCUGGCCGUCACCCCGGGGUACCUCUUCCCACCGAACUGCUGGCUCUGGACGCUGCUGACUCACGCCGUGGUGGAGCAGCACGUCUGGGAUGUGGCGCUGGCUCUGGGGGCCGUGCUGCUGGCCGGGGCGCUCCUGGAACCCCUCUGGGGCGCCCUGGAGCUGCUCAUCUUCUUCACUGUCCUCAAUGUGGCGGUAGGCGUCCUCGGGGCCUUCUCCUACCUCCUCACCUACAUGGCCACCUUCAACCUGGACUACUUAUUCACUGUGCGCAUCCAUGGCAUGGGGGGCUUCGCUGGUGGGGUGUUGGUGGCUUUGAAACAGACCAUGGGUGACACGGUGGUCCUGAAGGUGCCCCAGCUGCGGAUGAAGGAUGUCCCCAUGGCGGUGUUGGUGGCUCUCGGGGUCCUGCGGCUCACCACGGUUCUCAGCAGCCCAGUGCUGGCAUCUUACGGGUAUGGAGUCCUCUCUAGCUGGGUCUACCUUCGAUUCUACCAAAAACACAGCCGAGGCCGAGGGGACAUGUCUGACCACUUUGCGUUCGCCACCUUCUUCCCUGAGAUUCUGCAGCCACUUGUCUCUGUGGUGGCCAAUGUGAUCUACAGUGUCCUGGUGAAGAUUAGAAUAUGUAAGAAGACAGUCAAGCGAUAUGAUGUUGGGGCACCAUCAUCCAUUACAAUAAGCCUGCCUGGUACUGACCCACAGGAUGCAGAACGCAGAAGACAGUUGGCGUUGAAGGCUUUGAAUGAACGGCUGAAACGUGUUGAAGAUCAAGUAGCUUGGCCUAGUAUGGAUGAAGAUGACAAAGAAGACUUGUCUGAUAUGCCUUUACUUCCAGAGAGCAGCAAAAGCGAUGGAGAUGAUUCUGGAGCAGCAGAACACAUUGCAUUCCAAGGUCUUUCAUCAGGAUCUUAAGAGACCAUCAAUUGAGUGGGAAUGAAAUUGACUUUACUGCUGCAGGUAUCAUCAGUAGUACUUCAAACUGUUUAACUGCAGCACCUUCAAUUUGUUUGGAAAAUAAGCGUGGCAGAAAAUAGAAGAUUAUAAAGGCCUGUGCAACUGUGGUGCUCAUAGCCCAACUUCAGCAAGAUUUAAUGUUUCUUUAACUCAAGGUGGUGGCUGUAACAAUUAGAGGAGGAAUUUGAACUGGUGAUGAAUUAGAUGCAAUUUUUGCUGUUUGUUCAGAAAAUUCAUUAAUUUGCAGUCAUUGUUUGAAGUGUCCUUUUUGAAUAAAGUAAUUAAUUAGCAUAAUUGAAAUGUAAAGGAAGCUCAGCAAGGGGAGGUAUGCUACCAUUGAAAUCAGAUCAGAAAGAACUGUCUGAAAAUAACAUCUUGGCUCUCAAGUUGUCCUUUUCGGAUAAAGUGCCAAAAAGCGAAUUAUUUUACUUUAUGAGACCAUACCAUCUGUGGGAUAUUGAAAAUUGGCACAAGUGAAUCAGUUUCAGUAGUUUUCUACAUCUGGAGAUUUGUUAUUGCGUCUGACGUUAUCACAUUCUUACUUUAAUGAACUCACCUUUUGCAAUUUUUUUUCUUCUCACUAACUUCCUACCAUCACGUGUCUGAAAGAUUUGUACCAUUCUAAAUUAUAUGUGAUUGUAAGGGUGAACCAAAUCCAAAAUUCAAUCAUGUUGGGUAAUUUGAUGUCCCUCAGUAUUUUCCUCCAUGCUCCCUUUAUUCUUCCAUCAAAAUGUGUAAAUAGUAUGAUUACUCAUAAAAAAUUGCUUCAAUUUGAUGAUUUUUGAUAGAAAGCAAAAAUGGGCUCUUCUCCCACUUCACUAUUGGACAGGUUUGGGAGAUUGCAUUCUCAAAAGGCUGACAAAUUACUGGUGCUGGUCCUGAUUCUUCUGCAUAUAAGCUGUACAUGCAGUUUCUACAAAUGUACUUGGAGUGAACUGAUUUGGUUAUAUGGUAUUUUGUAUCCUGUAUAAUUGUAAAAGGAACAGUGAAGAUUUGUGAAAAUAUUCACUUCAAACAACCACUGAUUUCCUUAUAAGCUGCUUGGCUUGUUUUCUUUUGUGAAAUAUAUAGAUCUGACAAGGCCUAUUUCCAUACUUCUGUUCUUCGCUGCUACCACAUAUUGCAAGAGUCAAGAGUUUCUACCCAAGCCCAGGCUUGUUCAAAUACUUGACUCAAAUGGCAAACAGAAACUGGACAAAAUUCCAUAACCCAUCUAUGAUUGGACUUUUUUUUUUUACUGAACCCUCUACGAAAUGAGUUAAGAAAUCAGUACAAUAAAUGUCUUAGUGUUUUUUUGGAAACCCCAUUUAAAGGUGUGCAUAAAGCUAACUCCUUUAUAAUCAUCAGUUUCUGCAGGGUGAUUGAUGUCAGACAGUGCUGAAUGUGGUCAGCAUUUUGCUGUGUAGACACCAUUCUAGUUUUGUCUCAGAGUUUGAUAAUGAUUAUGGUAAACAUAAAGCAGAUAUCAUUUUUAAUACAUUUAACUGUACAAGAUACUUUAAUGUAAGAUUGUUUUUUAAAAAACACAAGUAUUAGUUGCAUCUAAGUAAUUUAAUGUUAUCUUGAUUAUCUGUGGGUGAAGUGUCAUUGUCAUAAUGCUGUGCUGUGUACCUUACCAGAGUAGCAUUUACCAACAGACUAAUCUCUUUUACUGGGCUUCACUUAAAUUGUAGGUUUCUUUUUGAUUCUCCCGAUGUAUCAUAGUUGCGCAGGUCAGUACAAUAAACUUUGCAAUCUCA